AUGGCUCGUGGAACCAAGCGCAGCGCCGCUGCGGCCACUGUGCAGACCGUGGAAGAAUCCCCGGAUGAUGCUGAGAGCACGGUUCCCAUUGACGGCUGUGAAGACGAGAACCACAGGAAUGGUCCGGAGCAAGGGCUUCGUCGUCGCCGAGAUGGUGUCGUGCGCUGUGCUCGAUGCCAUGACUUGCGAAAGAGAAAGCUGAUGGUUGUUGGCAGUCGCGGUCUAGACCUGGCUGCUCAUUUCCGAAUGCGCCGAAGCACGCCGAGCGUGGAGGUGGUCCCCAGCUCCCCCGAGGCGGAUGAUGAAAGAGAGCAUGACAGAGAGAUACAUGAAGCCAUCACCAUUCCUCGCAUGCGAGUCGAAGUCCACACGGCGGCCAAGCUUUCCAGCCCUCCAGCUGAUUUCAUGGACGAUGCCAUGGAAACAACCGACGCUCCUCCGUCGGAGAGCUCCGAUGCAGCGACUCCAAAGGUGCUGCACAUUGGCUGUGACGUAUGCCCGCGGUGGUACGUGGUGGAUCAGCUCCUGUUCGACCACUGGCGAGAAGAGAAGUUCACGUGCUGUAUGAUCGGCGAGCACUGUGGCCGGAAGGAUAAGAAGACAGCGCUCGUCUCGUGUGCCGGCGUUCCAGGGAUGCUGACUCGAAUGGGCAGGCCGUGCAUCUCACGUGAGAGCAGGCCUCGCCUGUUGCCGCUUGGCUUCUGGGACCUUUGGCGCCCGGGUACGACGCUCUGCGCAGCGGCGCCGCGGGUCUUUGCUGCACCCAUCGCGAUUGCCGGUCGGCAGCGGCUCUUAGAGGCGGAGCACCUUCUCGCGACGGCUUUUGAGGACGAGGCGGCAGCAAAGACCAUUUCGUUGCUGCUUGGUCUCCGUCGCAAGCGUCGCCAAGGCGCUUCCAAGUUGGAGCCGUCCAAAGUUUGGCUUCUUUGGCAGGAAUCCGAGUCUGCUGCUGAGCCUGGCCAGAUGGUGGCAGUAGCAAUCCUCUCCUGGCAGCGUUACACCGCAGCUGGUCCGCGGCAGCUGCAGGGCGGGGUGGUGCUGGAGUACAUUGCUCGACUGCCGGACUGUGGAGCUAAGGCAUACUACCUCAUUUUAGCGGCCGAGGAGGUGGCGCUACUGCUUGGCCACAGCGAGCUUUUCAGUGCGUGCGACCUGAACCAAGAUGGCCGCGCCUUCAAUGGCAGAGCAUUGCCGGCCUUGGCUGCGCAUCAGAACUGGGGAUUCCAGGACACCGACCAAAAGGAGUGGCGAGAUCGCCGCCUGGAGUCCUACAACGAAGACUGCAGCUUGCACUACAUGGUUAAGCAGGUCGGUCAGUGA